AUGGAUUAUGCAUACUCCCAACUCAUGAGCAAGUGCACCGAAGGCACUUACCUGUACACACCACCCAAAGCCAACGUCUUCCAUCCCGGUUCUUGCGGCUUAUUCGACGCCAAUGGAGUGUGGGAAUCGAUUACCGAUCUUACUGCACUCAAGGAAGACAACCUUCUCGGGUUAAAACUCCCCAAAGAGGGACUCGUUUUGACGGACCCUGCCACAUGCUCAUGGAACAAGAAGGUUGUAGAGAAGAACGAGGGACGUGGUUUUGGUGCUAAAGCAGAGGUGUCUGGAAUCGCCGCCCAAGCACCUGUGGACGUGGGGGCCAAUUUCGCAGUAGGAAGCACUGCAAAGGCCGGUGCAGGCGUAGUUGUAUCGCCAAACGUAGUGCACACGAAGUUCAAUCUCGAUGCGCAAAGGAUCAUUGAGAAGUGGAUCCAGGAUAACAUGCUGCAGCUGACGGAUAGAUAUCAGACAUCGAUCGAAAGGUUCGGCAUCUGGGUCAUCACAUCCACAUGGGUCACGGAGAAGUGCGACAUUGCCAUGUGGAACAAGACGGGCAGUAAGAUCGACACUGGAGCCGAAAUCGGGGCAACAAACAUCGGCAAACUUGGAGUCAACAGCUCGCACGAGGUCCAGAAUGACAUUGACGAACACAAAGUAUGGGAUAAAUGGAAGCAAAUACAGCAACCGAAAGCUGGCGCCCUCCGAAUCCUCGAAUGCAGCAUGCCGAUAAAGGAUAAGGAUGGAAACUAUCUCGAUAAGGAUGGGAACAUCACCAGAAACGGAAACGGAAAGCGUGUCGACAAGGAUGGAAAUCUCGUCGACGAGGACGGAGAUCGUAUUGACGAGGAUGGGAAUCUCAUUGAUGAGGACGGAAAUAUUAUUCCGGAAUGGUCCACGGAAGUUAUCGGGGAUGUUUGA